GUGUCAUUGUUCUGGGACCCCCAAGUGUCAGGGUGUCAUUGUUCUGGACCCCCCAAAAUGUCAGGGUGUCAUUGUUCUGGACCCCCCCAAGUGUCAGGGUGUCAUUGUUCUGGGACCCCCCCCAAGUGUCAGGGUGUCAUUGUUCUGGGUCACCCCCCAAAUGUCAGGGUGUCAUUGUUCUGGACCCCCCCAAGUGUCAGGGUGUCAUUGUUCUGGACCCCCAAGUGUCAGGGUGUCAUUGUUCUGGGCCCCCCAAAGUGUCAGGGUGUCAUUGUUCUGGGACCCCCAAGUGUCAGGGUGUCAUUGUUCUGGACCCCCAAGUGUCAGGGUGUCAUUGUUCUGGGACCCCCAAGUGUCAGGGUGUCAUUGUUCUGGGACCCCCAGGUGUCAGGGUGUCAUUGUUCUGGGGACCCCCAAGUGUCAGGGUGUCAUUGUUCUGGGACCCCCAAGUGUCAGGGUGUCAUUGUUCUGGACCCCCAAGUGUCAGGGUGUCAAUUG